UGCGAGGUUGGCUUGACAACAGAGACGGAAAAACAAUUAGGCAGCUGUUUUGGGAAAAGGUCACUGAAAGGUGAAUCACAUGACUGCAGGGACGCUCAGAUAUGAGUGUUAUUCAUUGAAUGUCUUCAGAAAAAAGCUCCGACACUCACUGAGGCUAAAUAUUGAAAUUCGUUGAAGGUCAUUUCAGUGGCGCCUAGCAUUCUUGUCCGACAAUGUAGCAUUCCGAAAAACACAGAACUCACAUCAUCAUAAUGAAAGGGAAUUCCAUGAAACAUCCGAAACAGAGAUUAAGAGUUCAAGAGAAGUUGGAUGAACACAAAGCAAAUGAGGCAAAGAGAUUCAGUCAACUCUCAAAUUUGCAACAGAUAGUCACAAGGCCAGAGAAGGCGUAUGGACACCAUCUCAAGUCUAAGACUACCUUUGAGAUGGGGUAAAGCAUUUUUGCAGGAUGUGAAAAUCCACAGAACGAGUCACUGGAAGAUUGGAUCAAGCAGUGAACAUGUGACUCAAAGAAAUUUACAACGAAGCCAUUAACAUACGAACAGGAUAAUGAUAACCCCCUUCCCCCAUGUCUGGUUCCCUCUACCAGUUGUUUCCCCGGGUGGCUUAGUAGGCCGCAUCCGGGGCCCGUAUUGCUGAAAAACUGAAUUGAGAAAAUUGAAAAGGAAAUACAACCAACCAAAAUACAGGCCAAGUAAGUUCUAUGAGAUGCUUCGUGCGCCGUCUUUAAAAACGCCUGACUUAGUAUUACCGAAUCAUUUUUGAUGUAAAACGACAAAAAUAGUCAUUUCGACGACGCACAACUUCGAGGGGGACGAAAAAAGGAGCAGAAGAAGGCCGCCGAAAUCGACUCCGUAUCACAACAACAACACCCUGGUCUCUGAAGACGACAUCCAUUAGCCAGUCAGAAGUACUAAGUUUCAGACUGGUCCCAGAAAAUAUGAUUCACCUAGAUAGGGCUGUUUGCAAGACAAUGUCCGCAUUGAUGAAGUACUUGGACAAGAAUUCUCUCGAGGAAGUUGGAUACCAGGCUAGAAGGGAAGAGAUUAUUGAAAAAUGGAGUAACUGGGUGAAUCCAGGUGAAGAAGAAUUUAAUUCAGUCACUGUAUGCCUUCGACAACAAAACAGAAUGCUUCAAGAAGAUUAUCGCCAGGGAAGAGAGGCUUCAACACGCAAGAAUUUGAUAAAUCUCGCAAAACACCUUUGGGAGUAUUUACUUUUAAACAGUUCAACAAGAAUGAGGACACUUUCAAGUAUGCAUCAUGACGGAGGCUGCACACAAUUUUCAAUGCAACAUGUCACAACAUUUGAGCAAAGAGUACAAAUACUGCUACUAUUCUUUAAAGUGUUCACAUCCAAAUCGAAAACAUGGGGCUCACAGCUAACAAGGUAAUUAACAGAAUUUAUUUCACGUAUGGGGACAUUAGAAACAUCUCCACCAAAUGAAAAUCACCCGAACAUCAUCCAUGUUUAGACCUCUUCAAACACAUAAGUGUCAACUCUUUUGCAAUAGAAUACAAGACUUCCAUAACGCACCCUCGCCGUUUCGCACUCUCUCCAGCCACUUAAACUGACUCCUUUACUUACGGGGUGCAGCUUUCUUCCCCUAACACCAUUAAGUAAUCUCUGGGGCUUAGAAACGUACCAAGAAUUGCAGGAACCCUACUUUCCCUCGUGUAAAUACGACAGCCUGUCGUAAGACAACAUCAUAACCUCACUUCUAUUGUUUUUUU